AUGGAGGUUCCUGAGUCUCGUAAAUGGAUGUACAACAGGGUCGGUCCCAAUCGAACGGGACCUAGUGAUGAGUUUUUUAGUGGUGUUGAAGAGUUCAUUUCUUAUGCAUGUGGAAAUAAUCCACGAUUUAUGGACACAGGAACCAUAAGGUGUCCAUGCGUGAGGUGUAAAUGCACAAGAUUUCAGGGGUUGGAUGAUAUAAGGGUGCACUUAUACAGAAAAGGUUUUCAGCCUGGAUAUCAUUACUGGACAGCUCAUGGUGAAGAAAUGCCUGAAAUUCCCACUAUGGUGACUGUCGAUGUGGAAGCAGAUGCUGUAAAUUAUUAUUGGCAAGACAAUAAUCGGGAUAAUUUCAAUCCAUACGAGCAGAUGGUGAUGGACGCUGCUGGGCCUUCGAUUGGGAAUGAGUUCUUACAGGGAGAAGAUAACAACCAAUAUGCUGUGCCAGAACCUCCUAAUCCCGAUGCACAAGCUUUCUUUGACAUGUUGUCUGCUGCACAAGCUCCACUAUGGGACGGAUGCGAGUCACACUCAGAGUUGUCAGCUGCGAUGAGGUUAUUAAGCAUUAAAGCUGACUAUAAUAUGCCCCAAGGUUGUUUCGAUGACGUUGUUCAUCUAAUGAAAGAGACUAUGCCGGAAGAUAAUAGGAUGCCUGCAGACUUCUAUCAAACCAAGAAGUCGGUGUCUAAACUCGGACUUGGGUAUCAACGAAUUGAUUGCUGUAUAAACGGUUGUAUGAUAUACUAUAAGGAUGACGCGAAUGAGAGGCAGUGCAAAUUUUGCGAGGCAGACCGUUAUAAACCUCGGAGAAUUGGACGACGAAAUUACAAGGAUAUUCCAGUUAAACGUAUGUGGUACCUGCCUCUGAUUCCCAGACUUCAGAGGCUUUAUAGUUCAACAGUUACAGCAAAGGAGAUGAGAUGGCAUUAUGAGCAUCGAAGCGAGUCCAACAACCUGUGUCAUCCAUCAGAUGGAUAA